AUGAUCGCGGACGGAUUCGUGCAGAACGGAGCAAAAGUCUACAUUGCGUCGCGCAAGCUCGACACAUGCCAAGCCGUUGCAAAAGAGCUUAACACCAAGGGCCCCGGCUUGAAAGUGGAUCUGACAAGCGAGGACGAGUGCAAGGCUUUUGCUGCCGAGAUUAUCAAGAGAGAGUCGCGGCUUGACGUGCUAAUUAAUAACUCGGGCGAUGGAUCGGACACCCCCGUUGAAAACACCCCAGCAUCCGUGUGGCGGGAAACCUUCGCUCUUAAUGUGACAUCGGCGUAUCUGCUUACUCGGUUCUUGCUACCACUUCUCGAUGCGGCUUCAACGACGUCGGAUGCGGCCCGAGUCAUCAAUGUUGGUUCGAUCGGAGGAAUCGUGCCGCAAAAGCUCAACACGAUGGUGUACGACUCGUCCAAGGCGGCGCUGCACCACUUGACCCGCAUUCUGGCCGCCAAGCUUGCCCGUCGCCCGAAUGGCGGACACAUCCUUGUCAACUCCAUCACGCCGGGAUAUGUUCCUUCGAGGUUGACUGAGGGCGUCGCGUACGUAACGGGGAAGCGCUUCGAAGAGAUUGGGCAUGUAAUCCCAGUUGGACGAAUGGGAGAAGCCUCGGACAUGGCUGGGCUGGCUAUUUUCUUGGCCUCCAAGGCGUCUGGAUGGAUUUCUGGCCAAGUUAUCACGACUGAUGGAGGUAUGAUUGGCGCUGCUGAGACCGGACGGCAGAAAAUGAAGGGGCUAGUAAUCAAAUCCCCAUGGGGUGCUCAAUUUUGA